GAUAGCGGAAACCAGCUGUCAGAAGCCGGAAAAUAGUCGGAUUAGCAAAGUAGAACAUCCCAAAACUGACAACAGCGGAUUUUAAUGUUUCGAUGAAAGCUUGAAAGGACUACAUUUAACAACAGAUAUCUCUGUUUGCCCGCUGACUAGCCCAUUGAUCAGCAAAAUGAGCAGCCAAGGAACAGUGGAGAGCGGUAAAGCUCCAAAGAUUGGCUCUAUGGUGGAGGUGACUGGUAAAGGCCAGCGUGGUACCGUCGCCUACAUCGGUGCUACGCUGUUUGCCUCAGGUAAAUGGGUGGGGAUCAUCCUGGACGAGCCCAAAGGAAAGAAUGACGGCACGGUGCAAGGGAAGCGCUACUUCACCUGUGAGGAAAAUCACGGAAUAUUCGUCAGAUCAUCCCAGAUCCAAGUCAUUGACGAUGGCUCGGCUGCCACCUCACCAGAAACCCCUGAGUCCACCCUGGCAAAGAUACUCAAACAAAAAGAAAUCCCUGAGACCCCCAGAACAACAAAGCAGACCCCAAGCAACAUUAAGAAGUCCUCUACCCGCCGCUCUGCAAAGUGGAGCACGCCACGCCUCACGCCUGCUACCUCACUCCCCUCCCUCCUGGUGCGUCCCAGCCGCAUCAGUCUGCCGCUAAGGGCAUCUCGUGAGAGCCUUUCUGCUUCUCUGUCUGGAGAUGUCAGCGAGGGGAGCCUGUCCUCCCAGCAGGGGGCGCUGGGUGCCCCAGUUACUCCUCAGCCAAGCGGAUCUCCUGCAGCCCUGGCUCCUCAAACCCCAGCUCCUCCCAGCAAGGUGGAACCUGCCCCGACCAAGCAGGAGGAAGAGUCCCUGCGAGCUCAAGUCAAGGACCUGGAGGAAAAACUGGAGACUCUGAAGAUGAAACGAACCGAGGAUAAGGCUAAGCUGAAAGAACUGGAAAAGCACAAGAUCCAGCUGGAGCAGCUGCAGGAGUGGAAGACCAAAAUGCAGGAGCAGCAGGCUGAGCUGCAGAAGCAGCUCAAAGAGGCCAAAAAGGAGGCCCGGGAAGCGCAGGAAGCCAAGGACCGCUACAUGGAGGAGAUGGCAGAUACUGCUGACGCUAUAGAAAUGGCAACGCUGGACAAGGAGAUGGCUGAAGAGCGAGCGGAGUCGCUGCAAGUUGAGGUGGACUCGCUGAAAGAGAAAGUAGAGGAGCUCUCCAUGGACCUGGAGAUCCUGAGGCAUGAGAUUUCAGAGAAAGGCACAGAUGGAGCUGCUUCCAGUUAUCAGGUGAAACAGCUGGAGGAGCAGAACAGCAGGCUGAAGGAGGCGUUGGUCAGGAUGCGGGACCUGUCUGCAUCAGAGAAACAGGAACAUGUGAAGCUGCAGAAGCAAAUGGAGAAGAAGAAUGCAGAGCUGGAGACUCUGAGGACCCAGAAGGAAAAACUGCAGGAGGAACUUAAACAGGCUGAAUCCACUAUUGAUGAACUGAAGGAGCAGGUGGAUGCAGCUCUGGGGUCAGAGGAGAUGGUGGAGACGCUGACUGAGAGGAACCUGGACCUCGAAGAGAAAGUCAGAGAGAUGAGGGAGACGGUCACUGAUUUGGAAGCCAUCAAUGAAAUGAACGACGAGCUGCAGGAAAAUGCCAGAGAGACAGAAAUGGAGCUGAGGGAGCAGCUGGACCUGAGCACUGCCAAGGUUCGGGAAGCAGAAAAAAAGGUGGAAGCUGCUCAGGAGACUGUGGCUGAUUACCAGCAAACCAUCAACAAGUACAGAGAGCUCACUGCUUCGCUUCAGGAAGCCAACAGGGAGCUGAUCAGUCAACAGAGUGCAAACACUGAGCAGACUCAGCAGCCGCCUGCAGAGCUGUUCGACUUCAAGAUUAAGUUUGCUGAAACUAAAGCGUAUGCAAAGGCUAUUGAGAUGGAGCUGAGGAAAAUGGAAGUGGCUCAGGCAAACAGACAGGUUUCCCUGCUCACCUCCUUCAUGCCGGACUCCUUCCUCCGUCAUGGCGGCGACCACGACUGCAUCCUGGUGCUGCUGCUCAUUCCCAGGCUCAUCUGUAAGGCUGAACUGAUCAGUAAACAGGCCCAUGAGAAGUUUGACCUGAACAGCAGCCUUGCUCAGGGAACGGCGCUCAGAGGACCACCAGGAGAGCAGCGCAGCUUUGCUUCAGGACUGGUCUACUCCCUCAGUCUGCUUCAGGCCACUUUGCACAAAUACGAGCAGGCUAUGAACUCCUGUAGCGUAGAGGUUUUUAAACACAUGGGCACACUUUACUCUGAAAUGAGCUUCCAUGAGCGCUCGCUGGAUUAUUUCAUUGACCUGCUGCAUAAAGAUCAGCUCGAUGAGACCGUUCAGGUGGAGCCGCUGACCAAGGCCAUCAAAUACUAUCAGCAACUGUACGGCGUCCAUUUGGCAGAUCAGGAGGAGGACUGCACCAUGCUGCUGGCUGAUCACAUCAAGUUUACCCAGGGUGCCCUUGAUUGUAUGGGGGUGGAGGUGGCUCGUCUGCGGGCGUUUCUGGCACCAGGCCAGGAGAGCUCCAGCCUCGCUGUCCUGCUGAAGGACCUGGACACUUCCUGCUCAGAUAUUAGGCAGUUCUGCAAGAAGAUCCGCCGUCGCAUGCCUGGAACGGACGUAGCUGGAGUCCCUGCUGCUCUCAGCUUCGCAUCACAGGUGUCUGAGUCGCUGACUGAGUGCAGGCGACAGCUGACCCGAGUGGUUGCUGUACUGCAGGAGGUGGCUGCAGCGGGGGCUCAGAUGAUGGCUCCGCUGGUAGAACAAGAUGGCCUCAAUGCUCUCAGACUGGAGGACACUGUAUGUAAGGUGGUGGAGCAGGUGUACGUCUCCCAGGGUGUGAACGGCCCUGAGCUCCUGCGACAGUCCUGCAGCUCUGUCAUCACAACCAUGAACAAGAUGGCUACAGCAAUGCAGGAAGGAGAGUAUGAUGCUGAGAAACCCAGAGGAAAGACUCCCCCAGUGGAGAUGAGAGCCGCCACAGUCAGAGCUGAGAUGACCGACGCAGAGGGUCUGGGAGUAAAACUAGAAGACAGAGAAACCGUCAUCAAGGAGCUCAAGAAGUCCCUCAAAAUUAAGGGUGAGGAGCUAAGUGAAGCCAACGUCCGCCUCAGCCUUUUGGAGAAGAAGCUGGACACCUCCACCAAAGACGCAGAUGAACGUGUGGAGAAGAUUCAGACCAAACUGGAUGAGAGCCUUGCUCUGCUGAAGAAGAAAGAAAAGGAGUUUGAGGAGACCAUGGAUGCCUUGCAGGCAGAUAUUGACCAGCUGGAGGCAGAAAAGGCAGAGCUUAAACAGCGCAUCCAUAAUCAGUCAAAGAUGACGAUUGAAGGCCUUAGAGCUCCCCCCGGUGCUGGAAUCAGCUCUAUUGUUCAGGGAUCGGCAGGAGGAGGUCUGCCUCCAUCCCUGGCAGGACAAACACAGGUGGUGGACUCCCCUCUCCUCAGGCAGCAGGUUGAGGUCCAGAGACUGGGCAUUAAAUACCUGAAGAAUGAAAACAACAGACUGAAGGCAGAGAAGAUAAAGGCUCAGCUGGCAUCCCUGCCUCCACUCUGCCCUCCAAAACUCCCACAGGUGUCCAAAGAAAGCUCCACACCUCCAGAGGGACUGAACACAGGGAUCUACCGUAGGACCGACCAGCUGCUCGCCACACUGCUAAAGCUGAGUGCUGAAAUGAAGGUGGUGGACAUCACAGGAAAGACAGCAGUCAGUGCCAGCUCCCAACUGCUGGAACAGACGGCUCGUCUAAAGAACCUCAAAGACGCCCUGGACAAACUGCAGGGUGAGGUUGCUGAACAUGUGGUUUCAACCCAGCCUGGAGCAAGAGCUUCCUCCGACUUCGCCACGUUCCCGUUGUCGUCCUUCGUUAAGGCUAAGGAAGAGAAACAAGGUGGGACAGUGUUUGUGGGUCGUGUUGCCCUCCCUUGCACCCGAGGUCAGGAACAAGUCCACCGCCUCGUCCUGUCCCAGCAGCAGCUGCAGAAAGUCCACAGUCUCCUCAUGGUCUAAGAGUUUCUAAAGACCCUCCCAUUCCACCCAACACUUUAACUUUCUCGCCUCUCUUCACUACUACACUCAGGAACUGUGUCCUGUUAGCACAAUGUGUCGGCACUAUUACUCUUUCCUAAUUUAACACCAGACUCCAGAAUGUCACAUUAUGAAGACGUCAUGUAUUCCAACCUUUCUUUUUUCACCUUGCUGGUUUUGGCAACUAAAGUAAUUAUUCCUUAGCUCUACAGAGUUUUAACCUUUGUACGACAUUUGUAAUGACUCUGAAUAUGAAAUAAACAUUUCUC